AAAAAUAUUGGUGGAGGAAUGAGAUUUGCCAAUCGGCCAAUAGACAAAUCCAAGAAAUGCUCUCCCUCAAUGCACUCUCUUGGACCUCGACUCCCUCUGCUAAAGCCCUUGGCAUAAACCCAAGAAAUAGCCAUUUAUCGCGUGUGCAUCGCAUCAUAAGAGCUUUUUGUUCUUCUCCCAACUCAACUUCAGCCGGAAACCUAGAUUCUGAUGACUCUCAAGAGCUUUCCUGCCGAGUGAAUAAUUUUUCCGGCAUUAAACUUGAGGAAACCGUGGGAUUGGAUUCCGGCAAGCUGAGACUGGAUUCUUGGAUAUCUUCACGAAUUAGUGGUGUUAGCAGAGCUAGAGUUCAGUCCAGCAUUCGCUCGGGCCUCGUAUCUGUGAAUGGCCGUGUCAUCAGUAAGGUUUCACACGUGGUGAGGGAGGGGGACAUGGUGAAUUGCACGAUAGAGCAGUUGCAGCCUUUGAGGGCUGAAGCAGAAGAUAUUCCAUUGGAUAUAGUAUAUGAAGACGACCAUCUGCUUGUUGUCAACAAGCCUGCUCACAUGGUUGUUCAUCCUGCACCAGGCAAUGCUACUGGUACACUUGUAAAUGGCAUUCUUCAUCAUUGUAGGCUUUCUACCGUAUCAUUUUCCAAUCCAGAAGUACUCCAUGAUGCUGAUGAUGCUUCAGAUGAUGAGUUCUGUGCCUUGUCCUCAGACCAAGAUUACAAUGGAGGUAUAAGUUCUGGCCUAUAUGAGGCAUCUGUUCGUCCUGGAAUCGUGCAUAGAUUAGAUAAAGGCACCAGUGGGUUGCUUGUGGUUGCGAAGGAUGAAAAUUCUCAUGCCCAUUUAGCUGAACAAUUCAAGAAACACACAAUAAAGAGAGUCUAUGUAAGUGUUACUUGUGGAGUGCCUUCGCCAACAUGCGGACGUAUUGAAAUCCCAAUAGGUCGUGAUUUGAAUAAUCGGCUUCGUAUGAUUGCUGCUCCUGGAUUGAAUACCCGUCAAAAGGCCCGUUAUGCUGCUAGUAGGUACCAAGUAAUUGAAAUACUUGCUUGUGGUGGUUGUGCAUUGGUGGAAUGGAGGCUAGAAACUGGACGCACUCAUCAGAUUCGUGCCCAUGCAAAGUAUCUUGGUGUGCCACUCUUGGGAGACGAGGUUUAUGGAGGAACUAAGAGCAUGGCCCUUUCAUUGCUUCAGUCAAGGAAUCCAUCUAGUUUUCGCGGGCUAUUUGUGGAACUCGUUGCUAGAAUUGAAAGACCUUGCCUCCAUGCUUUAAGUCUUGGGUUUCAACAUCCAAACACAGGUGAAAACGUACAUUUCUCACAGAUACCACCUGCUGAUUUUACUGAGAUUUUGGGCCAGCUUCGUGAUAUUCGUGCAGAGAAGGAUACGAGGCCAGUGAAGGUACGGUCUUACCAUCUCUGGUGCUUUGACAAAAUGCCAGUGCACAUGCCACGUUAGUUUCAAACUUUCAUCGUGCAUCCAAAGUUGAGAACUACGUUUCAGUUGUAACAAUCUUUUCUUAAUUAACCUCCUAGUACUCUUCAUGCUGAUGCGGAAUCGAAGAUGUAAUUUAAGAAAGAUUUGUUUAUUUAGUUUUAAUUAACAUGGAUUUUGAUAUUUCGCUAUGUUUAUGAUGUAUUAAAGUUCCCUUAAGUUGUUUACACUUUAAAAGGGAAACUAAGGGCUUCAAUAUUUGCACAGAUUAUUAGUUAUUGGCCAGGCAAUUUGGUUUUUAUCAAGAUAUUCCUCGUAAUCUAAAGAAAGAAUCAUUGACUAUUGAGUUAUACAAAUUUUCCUUCUCUCCUUUCUCUUCUCCUAUCCUUCUCUAUUCCAUUCCUUUCUCUUCUUCUAUGUCUCUCGCCCGAUGUGGACAUACUUUUCUUGUCAUAUGAUUUGAUCAUCUUUAUGACAGUUUGUCUACAU